AGGGACAGACAGAGGACCCCCGGUGUGCUUCAUACAGAAACCGAGGUUUCACUUCACUGAUAUCGCACAUCUUUUAUGUCACGUGAACACCGCCCUCGUUCACAUCUGGAGAUCGCGCUUGAUAGUGAAACUACUCUUCCUCGUGUCCGCGUGAUGUGUGGCAGGGAUAACUUAUGAAGUGACCGGCGUUAGCAUCUCACCGGUGGAGCCGUCGGUGCUGGACUGGGCUACGGGAACCGGACUCAGUUUGAAGCUGGCAGGAGUAGGGAGAGGCAGCGAGCAUGGAUGAACCGGGCAGCAGGAACAGCAGUCUGCAGAGGAAGAAGCCACCAUGGCUCAAACUGGACAUCCCCACCAUCCAGCUGACGCCGGACGACUCGCCCACACACACCCAGCCAGUAAAGCGCCUGCGCAGCGUCAGCAUGCCAGGGGAAAACCCUCAGACCUGCAUCGCUGCCAUGGAAACUUCAAACAACUACCUCAGACCUCCUCUGGAGAGACUGCCCUCCAUCACACAGUCUAUCAAGAGUGAGAAAAGGGUGCGCUUUGAGCGCGUCAACACAGUUCCCCCAAAGGGCCAGAGGAGCCCCAGGAGGGUGUCGACUGUUCGGAGGCGGUCCUGCAUCCCCAAAAUACUGACGCGACGACGCUCAUCUAUACCCAAACAGAUCAUCAGAGGUACGGCCGACUGGUUCGGGGUGAGCAAGGACAGCGACAGCACCCAGCGAUGGAGGAGGAAGAGCCUGCAGCACUGCAGCCAUCUGUAUGGGGGUCUGAAGGCUCAGGUGAUGAGGGAAAUGGAGCUCCACAGCCAGGACAACCUUUCCCUGGCCAGCACUGAGACCCCUCCUCCCCUCUACCUCCCACCCCACCACCCCAGUCACCACCAUUAUGGCAUGCAGAGGAUCGUAGACCCACUGGCCCGGGGUCGUGCCUUCCGCAUGGUGGAAGAUGUAGACGGCUUCAGUGUCCCGCAAACUCCCAUCACACCCGGCACCGCCUCCCUCUGCUCCUUUUCAAGCUCCCGCUCCGCCCUCAACCGGUUGCCGCGACGACGCAAGCGGGAGUCUGUUGCUGUCAUGAGUCUCAAGGCAGCAGCCGCACUUAUGAAGGGCCGGACGUUGGGUGAUAGCACCGCAGGGCGACAUCGUAGACGGAGUUUCAUGCCUCCUAGUUUCUUCGAAGACGACACUGUAGACUUUCCUGAUGAUCUGGACACUUCCUUCUUCACCAGAGAGGGCCUGCACGAUGAGCUGUCCACCUAUGCCGAUGAUGUUUUUGAGACACCGUCGGAGGCGGCCCUCAAACAGCUGGAUGAGAGCGAGCUCACAGGAAGUGCGCUGGAUAGGAAUGAACUGGAGAGGAGUCACCUCAUGUUGCCUUUAGAGCGAGGAUGGCGGAAGACAAAAGAUGGCUGUCUGGUGCAACCUAAAGUUCGUCUGAAACAGGAGGUGGUGAGUGUCAACAACCAUCAGCAGCGGGGACAAAGGAUCGUGGUUCCCGUUAAGAAGCUGUUUGCCCGAGAGAAGAGGCCGUAUGGGCUCGGCAUGGUCGGCCGUCUCACAAACCGGACGUACCGCAAGCGCAUUGACAGCUUUGUCAAGAGGCAGAUUGAGGACAUGGAUGAUCACAGGCCUUUCUUUACCUACUGGAUCACAUUUGUCCAUUUGCUCAUCACUAUUCUGGCUGUGGCUAUCUACGGCAUCGCCCCUGUGGGCUUCACACAACACGAAACUGUCGAUUCUGUGCUGAGGAACAAAGGAGUUUAUGAAAAUGUUAAGUUUGUGCAACAACAAAACUUCUGGGUGGGUCCGAGCUCGGAGGCACUGAUCCACCUGGGAGCCAAGUUUUCCCCCUGCAUGCGACAAGACGAAGAGAUCCAGAAACUGAUCCAGGAGAAGAGAGCGAGAGAGAGAGAGUCCGGCUGCUGCGUGAGGAACGAUCGCUCCGGCUGCCUGCAGACUUUACAAGAGGAGUGUUCGAGCACCCUGGCAGUGUGGGUGAAGUGGCCUCAGCACCCCAGUGCUCCCCAUCUGAACGGUGAACUACGCCAGCAUGGUUCAGUCUGCCAUCAGGACCCCAGAAUUUGCCUGGAGCCGGCCUCGGUUUCACCUCACGAGUGGCCUGAUGACAUCACCAAGUGGCCAGUUUGUACAAGGUACAACUCUGGGAAUCACACCAACCUCCCCCACAUAGACUGCACCAUCACAGGCCGGCCCUGCUGCAUUGGAACCAAAGGACGGUGUGAAAUCACCUCUAGAGAAUACUGUGACUUUAUGCACGGCUACUUCCAUGAGGAGGCUACUCUCUGCUCACAGGUGGCUUGUAUGGAUGAUGUGUGUGGUUUGCUGCCUUUUCUCAAUCCAGAGAUCCCAGACCAGUUCUCCAGACUGUGGCUGUCACUCUUUCUUCAUGCUGGGAUCCUGCACUGCCUGGUGUCAGUGUUGUUCCAGAUGACGGUGCUAAGGGACAUAGAGAAGCUGGCCGGCUGGCUGAGAAUCUCCAUCAUCUACAUGCUGAGCGGCAUCACUGGCAACUUGGCCUCAGCCAUCUUCCUGCCCUACAGAGCGGAGGUGGGUCCUGCAGGCAGCCAGUUCGGUAUCCUGGCCUGUCUGUUUGUGGAGCUGUUUCAGAGCUGGCAGAUCCUCGAGCGACCGUGGUGGGCGUUUGCCAAGCUGCUGGCCAUCUCAGUCUUCUUCUUCUCCUUUGGUUUGCUUCCAUGGAUUGACAACUUUGCCCACAUCUGCGGAUUCAUAUCUGGAUUCUUCCUGUCCUUUGCCUUCCUGCCGUACAUCAGUUUCGGGCGUUCUGAUAUGUACCGUAAGCGGGUCCAGAUCUGUGUCUUCCUGCUGGUCUUCCUGGGUCUGCUCUCCGCCCUGGCUGUUCUCUUCUACGUCUACCCCGUGAAGUGCGAGUGGUGUGAGUACCUCACCUGCAUCCCCAUCACUGACAAGUUCUGUGAGAAGUAUGACCUGAACGCGCACCUCCUCUGAACGUCGGCCUUCGAAGUGUCAGCUGGACUGUCUCUGGGAGUGCACUGAAGUUGGACCGGGUUGCAACAUUUCUAAAAUGUUGGAUGUUGAGGCAACUGAAAAAAAAAAAAAAAAUGCACAUUUAGCCGCAGUGCAACUUGUGACUGAGCAGGAACAUUUCUCCUGGAACAACGGCUACAGCGUUUCAGGAUUUUUCAUGUGGACCGGUGAAUUUCAAACUUGUUUGUUGUACCGUUUGGAAAGGAACAACAGACCCACUAUGAAUAAAGGCAUGAAAGCCUCCAGGCAUCUGACUAAAAAUAUUCACGUGCACGGGAACAAAACUUGACUGAAAAGGACUAACAAUUGAUUUAUAUGUGUGACUGAUCUCUAGCUGGGCUAAUCAGUGACCAGUCACACUGGAGGAUUAGUUACCUCUCUUCUUACGUGACUUGACAGCAUCCCCCAGUGGCCAAAGGGGAGCGUUACAACCUAACAAGGCUGCAGAGGACGAGCUGAGGCUUUUUUUUUUUUUUUUUUUACUGAUGUCCAAACAGUUUUGUCCAUUUACUGGAUAUUCUUAGAGUUAAAACUCGCCAACAAAUGAGACUCUAAAAUGCUUAAAUGUGCCUUACAGACACACAAACACGCCCACGCACACGAUGUCUUUUUAGUGCCAUGUGUCAGUUUGUGUCAGCAGUUUCUGGCAUUAUGGGUCGUGUUCCUUAACCUUUGUAGAAACUGUAUUUCACAAUCUGACAAAAUCAUGUAAAAUAUGUUUUUACACAGCCUUUAAUGCACUUCUUUCACAGAUGGAUUGUUUGUUUGUUUGUUUUUUAUAUUCACCCUGUGUUCCAUGUAAAGAACACAGUUAUACAUUAAUCUGCUGCAUUGUGAAUCGCUGUUACGGAGGUGAAUUUUUGUGUUUUUCCGUUUGUUUGUUUUUUAUUCAUAGUGGUCGCGUUUUAGCUACCUAACAAUAAACACAACGAAACACUCA